GCGAGUACGGGUGGACGGAUUCGCGCACCUGUUUUACAAGCUUCGUAGAGCUUUCGUAGCGCUACGAAAAGUUUAAGCCACUACGACGUGACAGUUUAACGUGAGAUCAUUUGUUAAUAGUAACUAAUAGUGAUGAUGUACUUAUGUGGAAAUUAUUUUAAGUAAUUUAAGUUUGGAUGACGAAGUGAGCGCAGCUAAAUGAGCGGCUGGUGCUGCACAGGAGUAUGCUAGUGCACCUCUUGGUUCUUAGCACCGCUCUAGCGGCGGCAACCAGUGGAAAACAUGGAGGUGUAGAAGUACCAGAGUUCGGGGAGCCAAUCACAAACCUGACAGUCCCCAUCGGCAGAGACGCGACGUUCAAGUGUAUUGUAGUCAAUUUGGGCAAUUACCGAGUGGGCUGGGUGAAAGCUGACACAAAAGCCAUACAGGCAAUACAUGAGCACGUCAUUACACACAAUCAUCGGGUGUCCGUCUCCCACGCUGACCAUUCCACCUGGUAUCUGCACAUCAAGAACGUACAAGAAGAAGACCGGGGUCAGUACAUGUGUCAGAUCAACACGGAUCCAAUGAAGAGUCAGAUGGGCUACUUAGAUGUGGUGAUACCCCCGGAUUUCAUACCAGAAGAGACCUCAGGUGACACAAUGGUCCCGGAAGGUGGAAUAGCUAGGGUGUCUUGCAAGGCACGGGGAAUCCCACCACCGAGGGUCAUGUGGAAACGAGAAGAUGGCCAGGAUAUUGUUGUGAGGGACAGUACCGGAGCAAAAACUAAAGUACAUACGUACCAAGGUGAGGUCCUGAAUUUGACCAAGAUAUCACGUUCCGAAAUGGGGACAUAUUUAUGUAUUGCCGGUAAUGGAGUACCGCCCACCGUCAGUAAGAGGAUCCACAUUAGUGUUCACUUUCACCCAGUGAUCCAAGUGCCGAACCAGCUGGUAGGAGCGCCUCUCAGCACCGACGUCACACUGGAGUGUUACGUCGAAUCCUCGCCCAAGUCCAUCAACUACUGGGUCAAAGAUCCAGGUGAAUUGAUUAUACCGUCUGAACACCACGAGAUGACUGUCAGGCAGAAAUCCAUGUUCGAGGCGGAAAUGUCUAUGACCAUCAAGAAUAUUAGAAGGGAGGACCUCGGCAGCUAUAUUUGUGUGGCUAAGAACUCCCUCGGUGACGUUGAAAGCAAGAUAAGGUUGUAUGAAAUCCCCGGGAACAACAGGCACAUUUUUAACUAUCCCGAUGAGAGGACAACUUCAGACGAGGAGUACGGCACCGAAAUAUACGACGAGGAUUUUGAGAAUAAACUAGAUGAGAAAAGCAAUCGGGUGCCCGAUCGCGCGAAUAAAUGGUACGCAAACGAAGGUAAAAUCAUCCUGACAACACUCAACAACGCAGCUAUUUGUUCCACUACACUGACAAUUACGACUAUCUUCUUACGCUUAAUUAAAUUUCUCCUUUAGACUUGUGCAAAACAGUUUUUUGCCCGGCGACUGAUUUUUAAUUAAACAAAAAGCAAUGUAAUUAUUUCAGUAUUAUAUAACGUCAUUAUUCUGGAAAUGUAGAUAGAAAUAAUUUCAGUUGGAAAUUAAUAUUGCGUUGUCUAUGUUACUCUUAGCGUGUAACGUGAUAAUAAUUAGAUUUAAGUAUGUAUAUAAUUUAUUAUGCUAAGGAAGACUAUUAUCUUAAUACGGGUUAGAUGAAUGUUUAUAACGAGUUUAUCAAGACUUAGGUAAAUGUAUUAUUAUAAUCCAGUUUUUUAUUUUCCUUUGCGCUGUCAAACGAAAUAUUAUUUGUGAAAUACAAUCGAACCUGUAUAAAAAAAGUUUUUAAGUAUUCUAACCAAAAACUUUAACAUUUUAGUUAAAUUUGUCGUUAGAAAUAUGUAACAAAGCCAUAGUUUCAUACAUCUAUAACGAACACGAUAUAGAAGUCUUAAAAGCAAACAUAAGAAGUUGGAUUUAAUUGAUAUCUUCUCCUGCAUUGUAGCAUAUGCAAAGACCUCGUCUGUAGAUUAAAGCAUACGACGAAUUUUGGACAUUACAAGAGGUAGAGUAUGAAUCAAACACGUCCUACGUCCCAUUGAGCACACACAACGACAGGAAUGAAAUCUUUGAUUAUCUAGGCUCGAUUGUAUUUCACUUAUUCGUAUUUCUCUAAAUACCUCUAAGAAGUCUUUGUUAUGAAUCAAUAGUACGUUAAUAUCGACUGUAUAAAUAUCUUGGCUUCUGCGUAGAACAGAUGUUAUUGUUUCUGCCAAUAUUUAUCGAACUAUUUUUAUUACGUGAUAUAUUAAGCAUUGUAAAUACAGCAGAAUAUAUAAUGGAUGUUAUAUGAGCUUUUCAUUUCCGUUGUGAGAAGACUUCAACUUUAUUAAACUUUUUUUUUAAUUCUAGCAAUUAUUUUACAAGUGUAUACUUCCGAAAAUGUUGUUUGUAUAAAACAUGAUCUUCCAAACGUUAGCAAAUUGUAAGUUACGAAAAAUAAAUUAGAAAACCAUUCUCAAAAUAACAUAGUUUUAAUACUUCAAGACCUGCACUUAAAGAUAAUAUGUAUAAUUUUCUACAGUUUUUUCUGAUUUGGAUCUCUUGGUGAAUUGAAUGCAUGAGGUCUUGUACUGUUUUACAGACUAUCUUACUAUUACUAAAAGAGCUAUGUAUGUUAACAAGGCAUAAAGUUAAACAGUUUUUAAUAUUGGCUAAUUGGCAUUAUAGUACAUUGCGAUUUUAAUUCAUGCUUGGUGUUAUAUUCUGCUAUUCUGUAAAAUCAAUACUGAUUUCAAUAAGUUAGCAUUGCUACAAUGUAAUAUCGUGUCUAUAUGACGGCACUGAAGGCCGAUUAGAUAUAGGUCUUUCAAUAUCGCUUGAUUAACGUAGUACGUAACUCAUCAUUGCAGUCAGUAUUGGAAUUAGAGGGUAGCUCUGCCGGUUCUAAGAGUCAUUCUCCUAUUCUAGUCAAGGCUAACUCUGUAAUGUACCUACGUUACUACCAUGUCGUUACAAAAAAUAAUAAAUGA